AUGUCCACCGCGUCCGACGCGCCUCUGGAACGAUCAUCCUCCUCCACCUCCCUCUCCGGCAUGGGUAUCCAUUUCCCCCCAUCCUCUCCCUCCCCCCUCCCCCCCUCACUCUCCCCCUUCCCUCGCCCUGGCGAAUCCAAGGGAGGUUAUGGCGAAGGGAUGCAGAGAUCUCUCUCGGACGAUGGCAGCGGCAAGAGAUGGAAGGGCGCCGUGCCUGACGCGUCGGGGGGAGGGGCUGCAUCUUCGGGUACUGCGAUGGCCCAUUCAUACUCCAACGCCGCCAGCCUCCCGCCGUUCGCUGCGCCUGUCCCGGUGCAUACCCAGAGCAGCUUGCACCCUACCUAUACGCCCACGAGGCCGAGGACGAUCUCCCCCAGGCCGCCUUCCUCCCCUUCCGGCCAGCACCCUCAAGCGCAGGAAUCAUCUCAACAGGGGUUCGCGUCUAGUACCGCAUACGGUGCGAUGCAAAGCGAAGCCGCCCGAGGCAGGGUCAUCUCCCCCCAAAAAGACCCCGGUGCUCCCUCCCCUCUCGACCCCUCCUCUUCCUCUUCCUCCGCCUUGGCUUACGCGUCUGCAAACGGGUAUGACGCUUCCAACCCAUACUCUUCCCCUUCCUCCACCCCCCUCCGCUCCCACCACAACGGCGGCAGCAGCAAAGAUGGGUAUCAAUCGCUCUUCCCACUGACGGGCGAAGAAUCGCACUUGGGCUCGUCCCCGACGGUGCAUCAGGAAAAAGUAAAGUUUACGGAUAGCACGACGUUCUGGCUUGGGCUGUACUUUCUCUUCAAUUUGGGGUUGACGUUGUAUAAUAAGGCGUUGUUGAUGAGUUUCCGGUUCCCCUACACGUUGACCGGGUUGCAUGCGUUAUCGGGGAGUGCUGGGUGUUAUAUAGCGCUUGAACGAGGUGCCUUUGUCCCGGCAAGGUUGACGCAAAGGGAGAACUUGAUACUCGCAGCGUUCUCGGUGCUUUAUACUGUCAAUAUCGCUAUUUCAAACGUGUCCCUUCAGCUCGUCUCUAUCCCCUUCCACCAAGUCGUACGCGCUUCAACACCGCUCUUUACAAUCUUCAUCUCCCUCAUCUUCUUGCGCACCCGGUUCAGCCUGAUCAAGCUCGUUUCGCUGUUACCUGUUGUUGCUGGUGUUGGCUUUGCGACGUAUGGAGAUUACUCGUUCACUGCUUGGGGUUUGAUCCUCACGCUGCUGGGUACUUUUUUGGCGGCGUUGAAGACGGUAGUCACAAACUUGAUCCAAACCGGGUCCGGCGGUCGUCUUAAGCUCCACCCCCUCGAUCUUCUAAUGCGCAUGUCCCCCCUCGCCUUCAUCCAAUGCGUCCUCUACGCCUGGCACAACGGCGAACUCGAACACGUCCGCGCCUACGGUGCCACCCAAAUGACCCGCACCAAGGCUGUGGCGUUGCUCGUGAAUGGUGUGAUUGCUUGUGGGCUGAAUAUUGUGUCAUUUACGGCGAAUAAGAAGGCGGGGGCUUUGACUAUGACUGUUAGUGCCAAUUGUAAACAAGUCCUAACAAUCGCACUCGCCGUCGUCCUCUUUGGCUACACCAUCACACCCACCAACUCUAUCGGUAUCCUCCUCACCCUGGUGGGCGGCGGGUGGUAUGGGUGGGUCGAGUUUCAGGAGAAGAAGAAGAAGACGAAGGUUUCGGAGCGGUCUUGA